AUGGAACUGGGUUUUAACCGCCAGCGAUCACCCAGUGCUUCCCAGUGGACCAAGAAGCGCCGGCCAUCCUGCGGUGGCUACUGGGUGAAGAGUCUCAGCGACCACCUCUUCCCUCUGGAGCCGUUAUCGCCUUUGGACGACGUACUCAUCGCAAACACAGACUUCUUAGAUAGGCUCAGGGCGUUCAUCCAGGGCAGAGGCGACGAAAAAGUCCUGGAGCACGUAUCCUGGCAGGUCGUCCAGAUGUACUCAGUGAUAUUCGACAGGACGCUCCUCGAAGACAUCUUCAGCGACAAGCAGCAGGCAUCGUCUCUUAUCACUCUGCUGUGUGCGAGAGAACUAGACGCGGUCUACAACCCCCUCCUGGCAGCUCUGUACGUUCGUUCGCGUCUCACGUCGACCGGCAAGAGGCAUGUCAGCGCGCUCUUCCAGACUUUGACGCAACGCGCUGUGGAUGCCGUCAACCAGCUAUCGUGGCUUGACCUCGAGAGCAGGCAGUUUUUCGCAUGGCGACUCGAAUCUACCGUGGUUCGCCUAUGGCCUCCUGGUCUGUUUGACGACGCCGAAAAAGUGGAAAGCCUCUACGCCCACUGUCCCCUAAGCGAGACAUCUUUUGUGCGGCUCUGGUUGGCAGUGCGUGAGUGUCUGAGCCACCUGCUGAUGGGGAAGCACCGAGGAUACGUGUCUGCAACGGCCCCCAACUUCACGCCUUACCUUUUCACGUACGAGUCUUUCGAACCCUCCGCCGAACUUACCAUGGCGGUGCUCGCGAGCCCUGUGUAUUCGACACGCGGUACACCAGGCAUGCUCUUCGGAGGUCUCGGCUCACUGUUCACGAUUCUCUUACUCAAUCCAUUUGACGGAUAUAAGCAGCCCGUCCAUUCUAACGGCAGUGUGCAAGAAUCCGGGUCGUGGCUCUCUAUAGCAUCUACACAAGCCCUCGUUGAAAAACAGAAGUGCUUUACUCUUGAGGAGAUUCCCUCUAAGGAUGUUCCGCUGACCACUAUGGGUGGUGCGACCGCGACCAGUCCUCCCCGCCUCUUCUCAGACCUUCGAGGACCACCACAGGAACAGCUGGAUAGGUUGUGA